AUGAAGGCUGUUUCGGUUCUUUACUUCCUCACUGUGGCCUCUGCCAUGUCCAUUCAGCCGAGGCAAUUCGGCGGACGAUUCCGUGGACGGUUUGGCGGAGGCGGCAACUUUGGCAACGGUAUUGCUCCAGUCAACAACGUGCCGCAAAACGACAACGGCAACGUUAAUGUGCCGCAAAAUGGAAACGGCGGCAACGGCAACGGCAACGGUGGCAACGGCGAUACCACUGAUGAUACCACCGGUGAUGCCAAUGGAGAUGUUCCACAAAACAACGACGGCAACAACAACAAUGCUGGCAAUGAUAACAACACCGGAGCCGAUGGCGGUGCAGCCGACGACACUACCAACGGAGGCGGUGCGACUGACGAUACCACAAACAACGAUGGUGCCGCUGAUGGCACCACUGGCAAUGACGGUGCAACUGGCGACAAUGGCAAUGGAGGCGGUGCAGCUGAUGAUGCUACCAACGGAGGUGCUGAUCAGGCAGCCGACGGCCAGACAGUUGUCUUUACUGAGAUCGGCGGCGUACCUGGCAACGAAUGCCUCACCUUCCGCAACAACGGCGAGAUCGUCGAUGCUGCAUGUGUCAAUGAAGCCGCCGACCGUCAACUCACUCCAUCCGCGAAUGCACUUCAAGUUCAGCGAACAUUCACAGCAGGAUUCAGGCCCGACCUUGUCGACGUUCAGGCUUGCGUCGGAUUCAACGGAACGCAUUUCCGCGCUGAGGACUGCAAUGCACAGGGUAUCGAGCUCGUCACUUUCAGCAAUGGCGAGUUGAGGGCUUCUGGGGGUGCUUGUGCUAGCGGUCACGAUGAUCUGGCGCAGAUGACGGUUGAUCCUGCUGGAAACACCUGUGCGACUUACACCACAACCAAUGUUCAGCCUGCGGCCGUAUAA